AGUUUGAACCUGGACAUCGGGAUAGAAUAACGCGAAUUUCAAUUUCUUUUCAACGUCCCGCGCGCGGCACUUAAUUUUUUUCCUCACCUGUGCCGCCGUUGAAAUCACAAUCUUAAUCCUAAUUAAAAUUAAGCGUCCGUCCGUCCAGCGGUACGCCGCGGCUCAAACGAGCAUCAUUGAUCGAUGGUCGGAGGUCAGAGGAUUUUUCGUUGUUCGAUUCGUUUUUUCAAAUAAAAAAUCCAACAUCCAGACGCUGUCGCGUACGCCGGUCGUGCGAAUGACUAGGCGGUGAACGAGAAUCCGGGUGAUCUGGGGCAAAUUACCCCACCUUUUAUACCCCGUGUACGCGUACGUACGGUUCCUGUCUUUCCCUGACCACGCGUCACGAUAUCUUCGAACAUUUCACCUGGGUUUGGCCUGGCCCGUCAGGGUUUACUACCGAGGUACCAGGACGCGUUAGGUUCAGUCGGAAUCGUGCGCCGAAGAACAGUGGAGCGAUUCCUUCCGAUAUAUCCUCAAAUAAUUAUUUCGAAAAAGUUCUGCAGACAACUCCUGCGGAUACGAAGGUUUUUUUUUUUCUUUCAUUCGGAACAUCAGUCGUCCGGUAAAUUGAUACACAUUAGCGCGGGAAAAGUAAGGAACAAAUUAAUAGAAUAAUUAAAACGCGGAUCCCGGUAGCUAAGGGUUACCGAUUUUUUUUUCGGUUUUUUUUUUUCACCGAUCGAAACGCAACAAGCUGGAGGAAAUACUUUCGACGUUAAGAUUCACUCUAGCGUAAGCUGAUACACUGAAUUAUUGCUUGGUUCGAGUUGUGAUUAAAAGAAACAAGAAAAAAAAAAAAAAGUAAAAAUUAAAACGAAAACGAAAAACGCGAGGGGGCGGAAGUAGUGAGAUCGAGAUGAGGCUGGCUACUGUCAUCACCCUCUUGGGGUUACUUGCGAUUGGAUACGCUAAGAAAUGUCCAAGGCAAAGAACUUCACCUGGCAAAGAGAUUCUAUGUUAUACGGCCACUAAUGAUGUAGAUCAAUUGGCCAACACGAUAUGCAGAUGUACUACCCUUGUACACCAGGGACAUGAACUCCAUAAUAUUUCUAUCACCGGGGUGGAAGAACUCAAGAAGUCAUUGAAAGAACUGAAUCCAGUUCUCCAGGUGGUCGUAUCGGUGAAAGAUCCCCAAGGAACAUUGAGGACGUCCGCGACGUCCCGACAAGAAGCUUCGGGACGUCUCGCCACCGUUCUGUCCAAGGUCGACGGUGUCGAAUUGGACAUGACUGCCGGUUCGAAGGAACGUCUUACACAUUUUGUUAAGGGACUUAAGGACGAAAUGAUAAGAAAAUCUAACGAAAAGAGGAUAAUAUUGGCGCUACCGACAAAAGCUGAAGACCUGGCGAAGCAGUACGAUAUGAAGACCUUGGCAAAGUACGUCAACCUGUUCACUCUGUCGACGCACUAUCUGGUUGACAACGGUGAAUCUUUCAAUACUUUCCACCCUUCUCGACUGAUGGGUAUCUUCGAUAUGCUAAACACCGAUAGCUUGGUAGACCUUGUCAGCGGUUUGGGAGUCCCGAAGAAUAUGCUACUCGUUUCCAUCCCGGGCAGCGCUUACAAGUUUACUUUAAAGGACGAUGGCAAAAACGCGCCAGGAUCAUCUGCCAAAGAAGAACGACCCGCGGCUAUAAGUCAAAAGGAGCUCUGUGAUAUGAUGAGCGCGGGUGAAUGGACCGUUGAAAGAGACACGGACCUCACCGCCCCUUACGCCUUCAAGGACUCCACGUGGAUCGCGUUUGAGGACAAAACUUCCGUCGGGAUAAAGGGUAAAUACGUUCUGCUUCGUGAACUAGCCGGAUUGGGUAUCCACGAUGUGGAGAAUGACGUUAAAAACGACUGCGGCAAACCUGUCACUGAGGAGGUUUACCGAUCAUUCACUGACAUGAAAAGAAAGACACGUGGCGCGGUCUUGGCUUCCUUAGAGAAUGACCUUAGCCACGUGGAAGCUCCCACUUCGAGACACGUGAGGUCUUCGGAAUUUCGGAUCGUUCGGGUCGUCGAUACUACGGGAGCCAUACACGCUAUUCGUGAGAAUACGCAGACCGAAUUCAUUUGUACGAGACAAGGAUACUUCGUACACCCAAAAAGUUGCAACAGAUUUUACCGUUGCGUCAAAUUCAAUCAGGGAAUAGACGACUAUUCGGUGUUCGAAUUUGACUGUCCAGCUGGUUUGGCAUUCGACGAACGCACAGAGGUAUGCGUCUGGCCGGGAUCUCUUACCGAGGGAUCUCCUUGCCCAGGAAGCAGCGAAAUCGCACCCGUUCCACGAUCGAGAUUCCGUUGUCCCGCGCGCAAUGGUUACUAUGCUGAUCCGCAAAACUGUAGAUGGUUCUUCGCCUGCUAUGAUCUAGGUGAACCCGAAUUGACUGCCUACGAAUUCCGUUGUCCUUUCGGACUUGUAUUCGACGAACAGAAAUUGAUUUGCGAGUGGCCCUGGUUAGUAUCAGGCUGUGGAACACCAGGAUACACCCGUAACGAAUAUGGCGGAUCAGAUUAUGGGGCAAAAUUACCUGCCCAUGGUAUCGGUUUUGGACAGGGUACGGGAUACGGUCAUGAUACGGGUACGGAUGUAGCCGGAGAUGGACAAUACGGGAAUGACGGUUCGAGUCAUGGAGGAUCUGGUGCCGGCGGUUAUGGAGGAUCUGGUGCCGGUGGUUAUGACGGUUCAGGACAAGGAGGAUCUGGUGCCGGUGGUUAUGGCGGUUCAGGACAAGGAGGAUCUGGUGCCGGUGGUUAUGGAGGUUCAGGACAAGGAGGAUCUGGCGCUGGUGGUAAUGCCGGUUCAGGACAUGGAGGAUCUGGUGCCGGUGGUUAUGGCGGUUCAGGACAAGGAGGAUCUGGUGCCGGUGGUUAUGACGGUUCAGGACAAGGAGGAUCUGGUGCCGGUGGUUAUGGCGGUUCAGGACAAGGAGGAUCUAGUGCCGGUGGUUAUGGAAGUUCAGGACAACGAGGAUCUGGCGCUGGUGGUAAUGCCGGUUCAGGACAUGGAGGAUCUGGUGCCGGUGGUUAUGACGGUUCAGGACAAGGAGGAUCUGGUGCCGGUGGUUAUGGCGGUUCAGGACAAGGAGGAUCUGGUGCCGGUGGUUAUGGAGGUUCAGGACAAGGAGGAUCUGGCGCUGGUGGUAAUGCCGGUUCAGGACAUGGAGGAUCUGGUGCCGGUGGUUAUGGCGGUUCAGGACAAGGAGGAUCUGGUGCCGGUGGUUAUGGCGGAUCAGGACAAGGAGAAUCUGACGCUGGUGGUUACGGCGGUUCAGGACAUGGAGGAUCUGGUGCUGGUGGUUAUGGAGGAUCUGGCGCUGGUGGCAAUGACGGUUCAGGACAUGGAGGAUCUGGCGCUGGUGCCUAUGGUGGUUCGGGACAAGGAGGAUCUGGUGCGGGAAGCUCAGCAUCCGGAGGAUCUCACAAUACUGGUGGUUCAGGAAAUGAAGGAUACGGAGCUAGUGAAUAUGGCAAUUCGGGAUAUCAAGGAUCGGGUGCUGGUGGUUCGGGGUACGGAGGAUCUGUAGGCGGUAGCUCAGGACAUGGAGGACCUGUAGGGGGUGGCUCAGGAUACGGAGAAUCUGCAGGAGGUGGCUCAGAAUACGGAGGAUCUGCAGAGGGUGGAUCAGGAUAUGAAGGAUCUGCAGGAGUUGGCUCAGGAUACGGAGGAUCUGCAGGGGGUGGAUCAGGAUACGAGGAAUCUCAUGGUGCUGCAGGUGGUUCAGGACAUGGCGGAUCUACUGCUGGUGUUUCGGGAUACAGAGGAUCCGUAGAAGCCGGUUCAGGAUACGCGGGAUCCCACGGUACUGAUAGUUCGAUCCACGAAGGAUCGUACGGUGCUGGUGGUUCAGGAUAUGGAGGAUCAAGUACUGUUACCUCAGGAUACAGAGGAAAUGUAGAAGCCGGCUCAAAAUACGCAGGAUCUCAUGGUACCGAUGGCUCAGUACAUGGAGGAUCUCACAGCACUGUUAGUUCGGAAUACGGAGGAUCUCAUUCUGGUACUUCGGGAUACGAAGGAUCCACUAGCGCAGGUGGUGCAGGGGGAUCUCACGGUGCCGGUGGUUUGCAAUACGGAGGCUUUACUACUGGUAGCUCAGGAUACGCAGGCUCUCACGGUUCCGACGGUUCAGUUUACGAAGAAUCCUCUGGUUCAGCAGGAUCCGAACACAAAGGAUUUGGAGUUACUGAAUCAAAUUAUGGGGGACAUGGAGGAUCUGGAUCUAGCAGUUCGGUAUAUCAUGCGUCUGGAAUUGAUGGUUCCCUUUAUGCAGGAUCUGGAACAGAUGGCUCAGGAGGCGUAGGAUCUGGAACCAGUGAAUCCAGAUACACCGAAACAGGAACAGGCCAACAGACGGGAGUAACCGGAGGAGUCGGUGAUGGCAUAAUCCUACAACAAGGCGUCAGUGACUCUCAAUUUUCGGGAGAAGGAUCCCACGGGUCAAGCUACGCUGGUUCUGGAGUGACCGGGUCAGGGUACUCCAUUGAACACACGGUAUCAGGGGCAUAUGCCGGUGCAGGUUCUACAGGUACGAGCUACGUAGGAGCGGGCAACGCAGGUGCUCAAAAUUCCGCAGGUUAUCAGACCGGCACUACCGCUAGCGGGUACGACGUAACCGGCGGAUUCGUCGGUAACUCUGGCAUCGGUAUUGGCGUUACCGGACACGCAGGUGAAACUAGCGGCUACAAUGGAAUCGCUAACACGAUCGGAAACUACGGUGGAGGCUCAGCAGGGAUUGGCAAAGAUGGAUUUACUGUAUCCGUCGAGACAGGUGGAUCUCAGGGUGGUUUCUCCGGAGUUACUGGAUCCGGAUAUAACGUGCAUUCGGGAACAAGUCCCUAUUCGGGAAAUCAAAUCGGCGUAACAACGGGUAGCGUGUUUUCCAUAGAUUCAGGAGCAAGUGUAUCCGAUGGGCAGGACGUAGUCAACGGUGGAUUCAACUCAGGACACGUGAUCUUGACCGGAACCACUGGAAGCGGAUAUUCCGCCGGUAGCAGCGGUUUCGCUAAUGAGAACAGCGCGGGGUACUCGACUGCGGGAGAAAAGAUCACGGAUAGCAGCGACGUAAUUAACGGCGGAAUAAAUUCUGGCACAGUAAUCUUGACAGGCACCACCGGCAGCGGUUAUUCCGCCGGUGCGAACGGAGGAACCUCAGGGUACACGGGUGGCUCGGGGCACUCCAGUGCGGGAGUUUUGGUGCACAGCGUGACCCCCGGAUACCCCGUGAUCACGGCGUCCGAUGGCAGCGGCAGUUACACCGGAUCCUCCGGAAAAUUGGAGUACACCGAUAACGGAGCUUACGUGACGGGGUCGGGCUACGAGGCGGGUAACACCGGAAGCGGUAACGUCGUCAUCGACCAUGGAAGUCAGAUCAAUGGGGGAGAAAGCGGCGCCUACGAGAAUUCCGGAUCGUCGAGUUCGGUUAACAACUACGGAAAGGGGGAUAUUUCGACCGGUACAACUACCUACCACGGAAACGGAGGAACCUCGAAUACCUACUCGACGAGUAAAACUUCGAAGGGCAACGCGAACGACGUUCACAAUGCUUACGUGACGAGCAAUGCCGAGUCGGGAACCGUUGUCAACGCAAAUGCGGAUCAAAGAUCGAUUUACCAAAGCACCGUCAGACCCGGAUAUAUCAGCACCAAUCCCGUCACUCCCGGGUACACGAUUAACGGUGUGACGCAAACCACUUUCGGCGGACAGACUUCCGGAGGAUUCGGAACCGGUGGAUCGGCGGGACAGAGUUUCACGGCGUCUUCCGGAUACGGAAAUACGCGAGAGCAAAUCGAAGCUGAAUUCCCAGGUUCGACCGGCGGCGAUUUCGGAAUCAAGACGUCGCAUUCGGCUACCGGAUCAUUCGCGACCGAACGCGACAUGGGUUACAAAACGAACGAGUACCACGAUAACGGGGGGCGAGGAACGAUCGUUCAUAACAACGGCGUCAGUACGAGCAAAUACACCGAGAGCGACAUUCGCGAUCGCCAACCAGCCUACGCUUCUCUACCGGACACUAUUGUCUCCGGUGGCAGAAUAGACGGUAGCAACGGAGUCGUCCUUGGCACAACCGUUGCCGGAAUCGAUACGUACGUCAGCCAAGGAUUCACGAAGACCGGACCAACGAAGACCGGCAUCGUCGCCGCCGAGAUCGGCGGAAGCGGCUCCUACGUCACAAACACGGGUCGCCCUCGACCGACUCCGACUCCGAGUAAUCCGGAAUUCAACACCUUCGGUGGUAAGAAAACCACGGAAGGAUAUACCGCCGGCAAUUCGAUCGGAAGCGAAGUGAACGGACUUGCUUACGUGACGUCAACGUUCGCCCCCGACGCGAGCUACGUCGAUACUUCCAAGAUAAAUCUGGGGCACACCACGUCGGCUCAAUUUUCCGGGUACAAGUACGACAAGCCGACCGUAUCCUUCGUCGACGGUGGCACUCCUAUACCCACAUCAGUUCCCUCCACGGUAACGUAUCACCAGCCCAUCGUCCCCUUGACCGUAACGACGCCUUCCUCCCACUUGAACGUCGAGGUGUACAACACUCCGUCCGUGGUAACAUCGGCCCCUAUCACGGCUGGUCCAGCUGUGGUCAACACUUAUAGUUACUCGAAACCUGCGAACGGGUACAAGCAAUCCUCUUACCAAACGGUUACAGUAACCGGAAGCGGCGAUACUGCGUCUACAGCGGGUUACAAGUACAAAAGACCUACUCAAACUAGCGCGUAUCAAAAUUCGGGAGAUUCUCUUCGGCAAACUACGAUCUACAAGCGGCCUUUCGACGGCCAAAAUAGGUACACCGUUACCCCAACCCCGUCACCGAUAGCGUACGCUACGGGACCAGCCGAUAUCUACAAGACGACUCUUUUCGAAGCUGCCAAGCAACCCGUAACUCUGUCCACCGUCGCUCCGGUAUUCGAUACCGGAUACAAAACGGUUGUAUCGUCGACGUCUGCACCGAUUACGGUAACAACUGCCGGCCAGUAUUACUACAAGGACAGACUAUCUUCCACUGCUGAAACGAUGAGCGAUUUCGAUAUCACCUACCAACAACCAGAGUUCAAUUUCCAGAAAACGACUGCCUCUAACACCCAAGAUGGAUACGUGUACAAGAAACCAAAUAAUCCACUGACCUAUGACUCUGUUAGCACCGUUACCCCAUCCGUAACGGUCUACAAGAAACAACCGUCGGUUACGAUACAGCAACAGAACAAGUACACUCAAUCGGUUACAAGCGCUGUAGGCUCAAAGGGCGCGUACGACAGACCGUCCGUAUCUAUUCGUCCGGCCAUUGGAAAACAGCCGGCAGUAAUAACGGAGUUUAGUUCAGGAUCUGCGAUAAGUUCUGGGACGGAUUUCGAAGGGUACAAAUACUCAAAGCCAAGCGUAACGUUCGAAAGUACGCCUACCGUCUCGAUCUACACUCAUAGUCAGGGAUACACGGAUGGUAACGAAGGUUCUCCAACGAAAUUGAACAUCCCCAAAGACGAGGUCAAGAAACUGGUCGGUAAUUACAAUAACCGAGGAGGUGUGAAGUAUAGUACCGUUAAUUACGAUGACGGAAGAGUCGGUGAUCAGGUAUCGGGAAGCUAUGGAAAUUCCGGAGUUUCCAGAGGACAGAGUUUCAAUAAUUUCGGGAACAAGGCCAGCGUUACUUCGCAAGCUUACGUUUCAACGACGUCAUCUCCUUCCUACGAAGCAUCGACUCCCGACUCGAUAAUCCGAACGAAUUCUUACGACAGUUACGCGACCAGCGGAAGAGGAUCUUCCAGAUACACCGGCGGAUACACGGCUUCGACGCCUCUUUACGAAAUUGCGACGGUGAAACCAUCGGGUGCGAAUACCAAGGGUAAGGUGAUCGUAAAACUGAGCGACCUGCACCCUCUGCUGCUCGGAAAACUCGGCGCCCAAUGUACCUGCAGAUCCGAUCCGUUCGAGACCCUGCGGGGACCGGGGGUCCGUAAACCUCUCCCGAUAAAAUCGUCGAAGGGAGACAUCGACCUAGCGAACUACGACGAAUCAGAGAUUUACGUUGAUCUCGAAACCGAUCGAGAACCCGAACAGUCCGCCGCCGUCUACAGGACUCCCAACGGCUCUCAGACUCCACCGAAUCGAUCAUACGCCCGUUUGUCAUCACCCACUACUCCAGCUACAGCCAUAUUCGCUGUAGGUUCACCCGCGACUACUACCGUUCUCAGGUCACGAGGGAAACCAGCGUCCGCUCACCUUCCAGCUUCCUCGAUUUCUUCGUCGAUCGGUGAAUCGCGAGGCGGCUCUUCUUCGGGGUCUAAGACACCGCCGUUAGAAAAUGGAUCUUACGGAAGUCCUUCCGACAUUUCGGACUCCGAAUACGUCGGCACCCCUUCGGGCUUCGAACACGGGGAUAUUCCGAUCGGUCGAUCCGUCGGUGGUACGACGAAGGCCGGGAAAUCAUUGAGGAUAUCCGGAGCUCCCGGUAACGCUCUCGGUGGUCAGGGCGCAGCCUUCGAUCGUUACGGACCGGGAGGAUGGCGCGACGUCGACGAGACGCUUCAAGGUACCACGGAUUGCGCUAGACCCGGACUUUUCCGCCACCCGAAAUUCUGCAACAAAUUUUACGCCUGCCACUGGGACGAAUGGAAGCAGAAAUUCACUCUGCACGUAUUCAACUGCCCGGUUCAUCUGAGCUUCGACAAUAACGCCGGGGCUUGCAACUGGCCCACCAAAGGACCCGCCUGUCAGGACGACAAUCUUCUCGUUUAGAUUUAGGAAUUUUCGAAAAAGCAAUCGCAGAUUGGCUGGCUAUUUCCGCAUAAAGAUCCGCAAGCUGUGAACGACUCGUUGAAGUUUCGUUCGAUUCCGCGUGCUUUCUAGAGCGUCAAUGUCCGGACUGUUUGUGACGUGGACGGCGAAUAUCGCGCGCCAUGUUAUUUUACGGAAAGAACUUGUAUUGCCGGCGUGAGUCACGCGAACGAGUCCAAAGUUUUUGAAUCAAUUCGACGAUUGAAAUCAUCGCGAAACUAACAAUACUUAAUUAUCCACACAUCAAAUAUCUGGCAGCUGUUAAUCACAUUCGCAAUAUCCGUCGUGUGUUACUCCUUUCUCUCGCUCGUAAUUGGAAUAAUUGAAAACGAAAUUACAGCUGAAAUCGAAUUUUUAAUUUACAGUACAAGAAAUCGAACGUUCCGAGCCACGUUCUCUCCUUCCGUUUACCACCCAAGGUAAAUAAUGCGAAUUUCUUCGAAGACGUGAACGAAUAGAUACUAGCCAACGCCUGAAGUAGUCAUACCUGUAAUACGUUCAAUGUCCAGCGGGAGAAAGUAGCUCGCAACUAUCGGUCCAAAUGCUGUCGCUCUAGCGGUUGAAAAUAAUUGUAUACUCUACGUUAUAAUGUUACUAUAAAUGCAGAACUACCUAUGGUAUGUAAUAUACUUGUACCAAGUAACACAAAUUAGUAUACCCAUAUAGAUGAGGACAAGUAAAUUUGCGCACUGCAAUAAAUUCAAUGUAAAUAUUCCGUUCUGCAACGUUCGUUCCUUCGAAAUUUGUAAGUAUAUCUCAAGUGACCGAUGAAUUUUCAUUCUCGUCUGAUUCCCUCCUCGGUGAGCGAUGAAUUUUCAGGAUGUUGAAUGAUUUUUAUCUCGUCACUGUGGUAUAUUUAUACAUCGAUCAGUGAUGCAUUAUUAUGAUUAUACGGCGCUAUAGUGAUCUGGUGCAAAAAUUUUGUACAUAAAAUAAAAUAAAACUUGUUGUAACAAUAAGUAUAAGAAGGCAUCAGAAAACUAGAAAUUUUUUGUUUUAGAGAAUUUGAAAUCGUGCGUAACACUCCAUCAUAUAUGAUACGCAAAAGUGAACGUGUUAUAGUUUUUAAAAAUACCGCUUCAUUUUUUCUUCUUCCUUUCUCUCUUUGCAGUAUGAAUUUUAUAUUUAAGCAUUAAUUUUUCUAAUAUACCCUUCCAUUUCCUUUCUUUGAUAAUAAUUUAUUUAAUUCUGUCUCUAGUUCGUAAGGAAAUUCAGUUUCAAAUUCGUUAACAAACGCUAUAAAUUUAUCAACUUGCUCUGAAAAAAUAUACACGUAUUCGAUAUUUUUUAUCUAUUAUUUCUUAUAACGGAAUAUCUUCUUCCAAUCUAAUUUUAAUAUUACCGUGCCAUUAUUUUACGGUUGUAUAAUUAUAUUGUCACGAUAUUAUCACAUGAUGAUACAAUCAUUACCUACUGAAUAAACGUAAUAAAUUAAAAAUCC